UUAGAAGACUAUAUAAUAGUAUACCUUAACAAUAUCUUAGUAUACUUAAGUAGAAGUUGGAAGGAUUAUAUAAGGAAGGUAUAUAAAAAAUAUACGUUUAUAGUAAAGGAAGUCAAGUACCUAAGGUAUAUUAUAGAGGUAGGAGUCUAUAUCUAUCCUAACCCUAAGAAGAUCAAGGCUAUUUAUAAGUAG